AGUCCACAGCUGUCACUAAUCGGGGUAAGCCUUGUUGUAUUUGCGCGUGUGGGUGGCAUUCUCAAUGAGAACUAGCUUCACUUGUCAUUUGAGUGAAAUCUACAACCCGAGGCGGCUGGUGCUCCCGCACUGCUGGGAACUGAGAUCUUCGGAGAUGACUGUCGCCCGCAGCAGGGAGCCAGCGGAAGCCCGACCCUUCCUGGGAAUGGGCUGUACCAAGAGGUCUGACUAGCCCCAGGGUUUUAGUGAGAAGGGCAGUGGAACUCAGCGAGGGAUUGAGAGCUUCACAGCAUGCACGAGUUUGAUGCUAGAGAAAAAGUCGGGAGAUAAAGGAGCCGCGUGUCACUAAAUUGCCGUCGCAGCCGCAGCCACUCAAGUGCCGGACUUGUGAGUACUCUGCGUCUCCAGUCCUCGGACAGAAGUUGGAGAACUCUCCUGGAGAACUCUCCCAGUUAGGAGACGAGAUCCCUCCAAUUACUACUUUUUCUUGCGCUUCCCACUUGCCGCUCGCUGGGACAAACGACAGCCACCCUUCCCCUGACGACAGGAUGGAGGCCAAGGGCAGGAGCUGACCAGCGCCGCCCUCCCCCGCCCCCGACCCAGGAGGUGGAGAUCCCUCCGGUCCAGCCACAUUCAACACCCACUUUCUCCUCCCUCUGCCCCUAUAUUCCCGAAACCCCCUCCUCCUUCCCUUUUCCCUCCUCCCUGGAGACGGGGGAGGAGAAAAGGGGAGUCCAGUCGUCAUGACUGAGCUGAAGGCAAAGGGUCCCCAGGCUCCCCACGUGGCGGGCGGCCCACCCUCCCCCGAGGUCGGAUCCCCACUGCUGUGUCGCCCAGCCGUAGGUCCGUUCCCGGGGAGCCAGACCUCGGACACCUUGCCUGAAGUUUCGGCCAUACCUAUCUCCCUGGACGGGCUACUCUUCCCUCGGCCCUGCCAGGGACAGGACCCCUCCGACGAAAAGACGCAGGACCAGCAGUCGCUGUCGGACGUGGAGGGCGCAUAUUCCAGAGCUGAAGCUAAAAGGGGUGCUGGAGGCAGCAGUUCUAGUCCCCCAGAAAAGGACAGCGGACUGCUGGACAGUGUCUUGGACACUCUGUUGGCGCCCUCAGGUCCCGGGCAGAGCCAACCCAGCCCUCCCGCCUGCGAGGUCACCAGCUCUUGGUGCCUGUUUGGCCCCGAACUUCCCGAAGAUCCACCGGCUGCCCCCGCUACCCAGGGGGUGUUGUCCCCGCUCAUGAGCCGGUCCGGGGGCAAGGCUGGAGACAGCUCCGGGACGGCAGCUGCCCAUAAGGUGCUGCCCCGGGGCCUGUCACCAUCCCGGCAGCUGCUGCUCCCGGCCUCUGGGAGCCCUCAUUGGUCCGGGGCCCCAGUGAAGCCGUCUCCGCAGCCCGCUGCGGUGGAGGUUGAGGAGGAGGAUGGCUCCGAGUCCGAGGACUCUGCGGGUCCGCUUCUGAAGGGCAAACCUCGGGCUCUGGGUGGCGCGGCGGCUGGAGGAGGAGCCGCAGCUGUCCCGCCGGGGGUGGCCGCAGGAGGCGUCGCCCUGGUCCCCAAGGAAGAUUCCCGCUUCUCAGCGCCCAGGGUCGCCCUGGUGGAGCAGGACGCGCCGAUGGCGCCCGGGCGCUCCCCGCUGGCCACCACGGUGAUGGAUUUCAUCCACGUGCCCAUCCUGCCUCUCAAUCACGCCUUAUUGGCAGCCCGCACUCGGCAGCUGCUGGAAGACGAGAGCUACGACGGCGGGGCCGGGGCCGCCAGCGCCUUUGCCCCGCCGCGGAGUUCACCCUCUGCCUCGUCCACCCCAGUCGCUGUCGGCGACUUCCCCGACUGCGCGUACCCGCCCGACGCCGAGCCCAAGGACGACGCGUACCCUCUCUAUAGCGACUUCCAGCCGCCCGCUCUAAAGAUCAAGGAGGAGGAGGAAGGCGCGGAGGCCUCCACGCGCUCCCCGCGUUCCUACCUUGUGGCCGGUGCCAACCCCGCCGCCUUCCCGGAUUUCCCGUUGGGGCCACCGCCCCCGCUGCCGCCGCGAGCGCCCCCAACCAGAGCCGGGGAAGCGGCGGUGACGGCCGCACCCGCCAGUGCCUCAGUCUCGUCCGCGUCCUCCUCGGGGUCGACCCUGGAGUGCAUCCUGUACAAAGCGCAGGGCGCGCCGCCCCAGCAGGGCCCGUUCGCGCCGCCGCCCUGCAAGGCUCCGGGCGUGAGCGGCUGCCUGCUCCCGCGGGACGGCCUGCCCUCCACCUCCGCCUCUGCCGCCGCCGCCGCCGCCGGGGCGGCCCCCGCGCUCUACCCUGCACUCGGCCUCAACGGGCUCCCGCAGCUCGGCUACCAGGCCGCCGUGCUCAAGGAGGGCCUGCCGCAGGUCUACCCGCCCUAUCUCAACUACCUGAGGCCGGAUUCAGAAGCCAGCCAGAGCCCACAAUACAGCUUCGAGUCAUUACCUCAGAAGAUUUGUUUAAUCUGUGGGGAUGAAGCAUCAGGCUGUCAUUAUGGUGUCCUUACCUGUGGGAGCUGUAAGGUCUUCUUUAAAAGGGCAAUGGAAGGGCAGCAUAACUACUUAUGUGCUGGAAGAAAUGACUGCAUCGUUGAUAAAAUCCGCAGAAAAAACUGCCCAGCAUGUCGCCUUAGAAAGUGCUGUCAGGCUGGCAUGGUCCUUGGAGGUCGAAAAUUUAAAAAGUUCAAUAAAGUCAGAGUUGUGAGAGCACUGGAUGCUGUUGCUCUCCCACAGCCAGUGGGCAUUCCAAAUGAAAGCCAAGCCCUAAGCCAGAGAUUCACUUUUUCACCAGGUCAAGACAUACAGUUGAUUCCACCACUGAUCAACCUGUUAAUGAGCAUUGAACCAGAUGUGAUCUAUGCAGGACAUGACAACACAAAACCUGACACCUCCAGUUCUUUGCUGACAAGUCUUAAUCAACUAGGCGAGAGGCAACUUCUUUCAGUAGUCAAGUGGUCUAAAUCAUUGCCAGGUUUUCGAAACUUACAUAUUGAUGACCAGAUAACUCUCAUUCAGUAUUCUUGGAUGAGCUUAAUGGUGUUUGGUCUAGGAUGGAGAUCCUACAAACACGUCAGUGGGCAGAUGCUGUAUUUUGCACCUGAUCUAAUACUAAAUGAACAGCGGAUGAAAGAAUCAUCAUUCUAUUCAUUAUGCCUUACCAUGUGGCAGAUCCCACAGGAGUUUGUCAAGCUUCAAGUUAGCCAAGAAGAGUUCCUCUGUAUGAAAGUAUUGUUACUUCUUAAUACAAUUCCUUUGGAAGGGCUACGAAGUCAAACCCAGUUUGAGGAGAUGAGGUCAAGCUACAUUAGAGAGCUCAUCAAGGCAAUUGGUUUGAGGCAAAAAGGAGUUGUGUCGAGCUCACAGCGUUUCUAUCAACUUACGAAACUUCUUGAUAACUUGCAUGAUCUUGUCAAACAACUUCAUCUGUACUGCUUGAAUACAUUUAUCCAGUCCCGGGCACUGAGUGUUGAAUUUCCAGAAAUGAUGUCUGAAGUUAUUGCUGCACAAUUACCCAAGAUAUUGGCAGGGAUGGUGAAACCCCUUCUCUUUCAUAAAAAGUGAAUGUCAUCUUUUUCUUUUAAAUAAUUAAAUUUUGUGGUAUGUCUUUUUGUUUUGGUCAGGAUUAUGAGGUCUUGAGUUUUUAUAAUGUUCUUCUGAAAGCCUUACAUUUAUAACAUAUCAUAGUGUGUAAGUUUAAGAGAAGAAUUGUGAGGUUCUAAUUAUUUUUCUUUAUAAAGUAUAAUUAGAAUGUUUAACUGUUUUGUGUACCCAUAUUUUCUUGAAGAAUUUACAAGAUUGAAAAAGUACUAAAAUUGUUAAAGUAAACUAUAUCUUAUCCAUAUUAUUUCAUACCAUGUAGGUGAGGAUUUUUAACUUUUGCAUCUAACAAAUCGUCGACUUAAGAGAAAAAAUCUUACAUGUAAUAACACAAAGCUAUUAUAUGUUAUUUUUAGGUAACUCCCUUUGUCUCAAUUAUAUUUCCAAAAAUGAACCUUUAAAAUGGUAUGCAAAAUUUUGUCUAUAUAUAUUUGUGUGAGGAGGAAAUUCAUAACUUUCCUCAGAUUUUCAAAAGUAUUUUUGAUGCAAAAAAUGUAGAAAAUUUAAAACCACUAAAAUAGAUUGAUGUUCUUCAAACUAGGCAAAACAACUCAUAUGUUAAGACCAUUUUCCAGAUUGGAAACACAAAUCUCUUAGGAAGUUAAUAAGUAGAUUUGUAUCAUUAUGCAAAUAGUAUUGUGGGUUUUGUAGGUUUUUAAAAUAACCUUUUUUGGGGAGAGAAUUGUCCUCUAAUGAGGUAUUGCGAGUGGACAUAAGAAAUCAGAAGAUUAUGGCCUAACUGUACUCCUUACCACCUGUGGCAUGUUGAAAGUUAGUCACUCUUACUGAUUCUCAAUUCUCUCACCUUUGAAAGUAGUAAAAUAUCUUUCCUGCCAAUUGCUCCUUUGGGUCAGAGCUUAUUAACAUCUUUUCAAAUCAAAGGAAAGAAGAAAGGGAGAGGAGGAGGAGGGAGAUAUCAAUUCACAUACCUUUCUCCUCUUUAUCCUCCACUAUCAUGAAUUCAUCUUAUGUUUCAGCCAUGCAGAUCUUUUUACCAUGAAAUUUCUUCCAGAAUUUUCCACCUUUGACGCAAAUUCCAUGCAUGUUUCAACCUUCGAGACUCAGCCUAAUGUCAUUUCUGUAAAAUGUUCCCUGAGUCUUCCAAGCAGUAAUUUGCCUUCUCCUAGAGUUUUCCUGCCAUUUUGUGCACAUUUGAGUUACAGUAGCAUGUUAUUUUACAAUUGUGACUCUCCUAGGAGUCUGGGAGCCAUAUAAAGUGGACAAUAGUGUUUGUUGACUGAGAGUUGAAUGACAUUUUCUCUCUGUCUUGGUAUUACUGUAGAUUUCGAUCAUUCUUUGGUUACAUUUUUGCAUAUUUCUGUACCCAUGACUUUAUCACUUUCUUCUCCCAUGCUUUAUCUCCAUCAAUUUUCUUCAUCACUGUUAAAUUUUCCACCUUUGCUUCCUACUUUGUGAGAUCUCUCCCUUUACUGACUAUAACAUAGAAGAAUAGAAGUGUAUUUUAUCUGUCUUAAGGACAAUACUUUAGAUUCCUUGUUCUAAGUUUUUAAACUGAAUGAAUGGAAUAUUAUUUCUCUCACUAAGCAAAAUUCCACAAAACAAUUAUUUCUUAUGUUUAUGUAGCCUUAAAUUGUUUUGUACUGUAAACCUCAGCAUAAAAACUUUCUUCAUUUCUAAUUUAAUUCAACAAAUAUUGAUUGAAUACCUGGUAUUAGCACAAGAAAAAUGUGCUAAUAAGCCUUAUGAGAAUUUGGAGCUGAAGAAAGACUAUAUAACUCAGGAAAGUUACAGUCCGGUAGUAGGUAUAAAUUACAGUGCCUGAUAAAUAGGCAUUUUAAUAUUUGUACACUCAACAUAUACUAGAUAGGUGCAAAACAUUUACAUAUAAUUUUACUGAUACCCGUGCAGCACAAAGGUACUAACAUUAAAGUAAAUAUUAAAUAACACCUUUAUGUGUCAGUAAUUCAUUUGCAUUAAAUCUUAUUGAAAAGGCUUUCAAUAUACUUUCCCCACAAAUGUCAUCCCAAGAAAAAAGUAUUUUUAACAUCUCCCAAAUAUAAUAGUUACAGGAAAUCUACCUCUGUGAGAGUGACACCUCUCAGAAUGAACUGUGUGACAUAAGAAAAUGAAUGUAGGUCUAUCCAAAAAAAAACCCCAAGAAACAAAAACAAUAUUAUUAGCCCUUUAUGCUUAAGUGAUGGACUCAGGGAACAGUUGAUGUUGUGAUCAUUUUAUUAUCUGAUUCUUGUUACUUUGAAUUAAACCAAUAUUUUGAUGAUAUAAAUCAUUUCCACCAGCAUAGAUUUAAUUACCAUAUUAACUUUAAAAUUUUCUAAUUUCACUCAACUAUGAGGAAAUAGAGUGUGGUGGCCACAGGUUUGGCUUUUGUUAAAAUGUUUGAUAUCUUCGAUGUUGAUCUCUGUCUGCAAUGUAGAUGUCUAAACACUAGGAUUUAAUAUUUAAGGCUAAGCUUAAAAAAUUAAACACCUUUUUAAAAAGAAUAUGGCUUCACCAAAUGGAAAAUACCUAAUUUCUAAAUCUUUUUCUCUACAAAGUCCUAUCUACUAAUGUCUCCAUUACUGUUUAGUCAUCAUAACCAUUAUCUUCAUUUUACACGUCGUGUUCUUUCUGGUAGCUCUAAAAUGACACUAAAUCAUAAGAAGACAGGUUACAUAUCAGGAAAUACUUGAAAGUUACUGAAAUAGAUUCUUGAGUUAAUGAAAAUAUUUUCCGUAAAAAGGUUUGAAAAGCCAUUUGAGUCUAAAGCAUUAUACCUCCAUUAUCAGUAGUUAUGUGACAAUUGUGUGUGUGUUUAAUGUUUAAAGAUGUGGCACUUUUUAAUAAGGCAAUGCUAUGCUAUUUUUUCACAUUUAACAUUAAGAUAAUUUAUUGCUAUACAGAUGAUAUGGAAAUAUGAUGAACAAUAUGUUUUUUUGCCAAAACUAUGCCUUGUAAGUAGCCAUGGCAUGUCAACCUUAAAUUAUCCACAGAUAGUCAUGUGUUUGAUGAUGGGCACUGUGGAGAUAGCUGACAUAGGACUGUGCCCCCCCUUCUCUGCCACUUACUAGCUGGAUGAGAUUAAGCAAGUCAUUUAACCGCUCUGAUUAAACUUGCCUUUCCCAAGUGCUUUGUAAUGAAUAGAAAUGGAAACCAAAAAAAACAUAUACAGGCCUUCAGAAAUAGUAAUUGCUACUAUUUUGUUUUCAUUAAGCCAUAGUUCUGGCUAUAAUUUUAUCAAACUCACCAGCUAUAUUCUACAGUGAAAGCAGGAUUCUAGAAAGUCUCAUUGUUUUAUUUAUGUCACCAUGUGCUAUGAUAUAUUUGAUUGAAUUCAUUUGAAAUUAGGGCUGGAAGUAUUCAAGUAAUUUCUUCUGCUGAAAAAAUACAGUGUUUUGAGUUUAGGGCCUGUUUUAUCAAAGUUCUAAAGAGCCUAUCACUCUUUCAUUGUAGACAUUUUAAAAUAAUGACACUGACUUUAACAUUUUUAAGUGUCUUUUUAGAACAGAGAGCCUGACUAGAACACAGCCCCUCCAAAAACCCAUGCUCAAAUUAUUUUUACUAUGGCAGCAAUUCCACAAAAGGGAACAAUGGGUUUAGAAAUUACAAUGAAGUCAUCAACCCAAAAAACAACAUUCCUACCCCUAAGAAGGUUAUGAUACAAAAUGCCCACAAGAAAUCUAUGUCUGCUUUAAUCUGUCUUUUAUUCCUUUGGUAGGAUGGCUAUUACAUUUUUAGUUUUUGCUGUGAAUACCUGAGCAGUUUCUCUCAUCUGUACUUAUCCUUCACACAUCAGAAGUCAGGAUAGAAUAUGAAUCAUUUUAAAUAUUUUUACAACUCCAGAGCCGUGUGCAUAAGCACUCAAAACUUGCCAAAACAUAUAUUUUUUUCAAAUUUAAAGAUACUCUAUUUUUAUAUUCAAUAACUCAACAACUGUGGUCCCCACUGAUAAAGUGAAGUGGAUAAGAAGACAAGUAAUGGCAUAAGUUUGUUUUUCCCAAAGUAUGCCUGUUCAAUAGCCAUCGGAUGUGGGAAAUUUCUACAUCUCUUAAAAUUUUACAGGAAAUACAUAGCCAGAUAGUCUAGCAAAAGUUCACCAAGUCCUAAAUUGCUUAUCCUUACUACACUAAGUCAUGAAAUGAUUUUAAUGAAAAGAACAUCACCUAGGUUUUGUGGUUUCUUUUUUUCUUAUUCAUGGCUGAGUGAAAAGAACAAUCUCUGUUUCUCCCUAGCAUCUGCAGACUAUUUAAUGUACCAUUAUUCCACACUCUAUGGUCCUUAUUAAAUCCAAAAUUGAACAAAAAGCAGUAAAACAACUGACUACUCACCCACAUUAUAAAAUAUAAUCCAAGCCAGAUUAGUCAACAUCCAUAAGAUGAAUCCAAGCUGAACUGGGCCUAGAUUAUUGAGUUCAGGUUGGAUCACAUCCCUAUUUAUUAAUAAACUCAGGAAAGAAGGCCUUGCAGACCAUCAGUUAGCUGGAGCUAAUAGAACCUACACUUCUAAAGUUAGGCCUAGAAUCAAUGUGGCCUUAUGAAAAGAAGCAGGAAAGAAGAGUUUUCUUCAAUAAUUUGUACACCCUGUCACUGGAGAAAAUUUAAGAAUUUGGGGGUGUUGGUAGUAGGUUAAACACAGCAGCUGUUCAUGGCUGAAAUGAUUUAAUACAUACCUUCUCUGAAUAUCCUAUAACCAAAGCAAAGGAAAACACCGAGGGGUUUGUUCUCCUCCUUGGAGUUGACCUCAUUCCAAGGCAGAGCUCAGGUCACAGGCACAGGGGAUGCGCCCAAGCUUGUCCGCAGCCUUAUGCAGCUGUGGAGUCUGGAAGACUGUUGCAGGACUGCUGGCCUAGUCCCAGAAUGUCAGCCUCAUUUUCGAUUUACUGGCUCUUGUUGCUGUAUGUCAUGCUGACCUUAUUGUUAAACACAGGUUUGUUUGCUUUUUUUCCACUCAUGGAGACAUGGGAGAGGCAUUAUUUUUAAGCUGGUUGAAAGCUUUAACCGAUAAAGCAUUUUUAGCGAAAUGUGAAUCAGGCAGCUAAGAAAGCAUACUCUGUCCAUUACUUUAAAGAAAAUGUACAGAUUAUUAACUCUGCAUUGUGGCAUUAGUGUCCUGGUCAAUAUUUGGAUAGGUAUGAAUAAAAUAUUUAAAUGGUAUUGUAAAUAGUUUUCAGGACAUAUGCUAUAGCUUAUUUUUAUUAUCUUUUGAAAUUGCUCUUAAUACAUCAAAUACUGAUGUAUUCAAUUUAUCAGAUAUAAAUUAUUCUAAAUGAAGCCCAGUUAAAUGUUUUUGUCUUGUCAGUUAUAUGUUGUUUCUGAUCUCUUUGUCUAUGAUGUUUACUAAUCUGAGUUUUUACUGUUAUGAAUUAUUUUAGACAGCAGUGGUUUUAAGCUUUUUGCCACUAAAAAUACCUUUUAUUUUCUCCUCCCCCAGAAAAGUCUAUACCUUGAAGUAUCUAUCCACCAAACUGUACUUCUAUUAAGAAAUAUUUUGUUUUCUUAAUGUUUUGUUAUUCAAAGACAUAUCAAUGAAAGCUGCUGAGCAGCAUGAAUAACAAUUGUAUCCACACAGAUUUGAUAUAUUUUGUGCAGCCUUAACUUGAUAGUAUAAAAUGUCAUUGCUUUUUAAAUAAUAGCUAGUCAAUGGACUUCUAUCACAGCUUUCCUAAACUAGGUUAAGAUCCAGAGCUUUGGAGUCAUCAUAUAUUACAUACAAUUAAGUUAUCUUUUUCUAAGGGCUUUAAAAUUCAUGAGAAUAACCAAAAAAAGUAUGUGGAGAGUUAAUACAAACAUACCAAAUUCCUGUUAAAACAGAGAUGUGGCUCUGCUUGUUCUCCAUAAGGUAGAAAUACUUUCCAGAAUUUGCCUAGACUAGUAAGCCCUGAAUUUGCUAUGAUUAGGGAUAGGAAGAGAUUUUCACAUGGCAGACUUUAGAAUUCCUCACUUUAGCCAGUAAAGUAUCUCCUUUUGAUCUUAGUAUUCUGUGUAUUUUAACUUCUCUGAGUUGUGCAUGUUUAUAAGAAAAAUCAGCACAAAGGGUUUAAGUUAAAGCCUUUUUACUGAAAUUUGAAAGAAACAGAAUAUCAAAGUUCUUUAUAUUUUGAGAGGAUUAAAUAUGAUUUACAAAAGUUACAUGGAGGGCUCCCUAAAACAUUAAAUUAAUUAUUUUUUGUUGAAAAGUCUUACUUUAGGCAUCAUUUUAUUCCUCAGCAACUAGCUGUGAAGGCUUUACUGUGUUGUAUGCCAGUCACUCUGCCAGAUUGUGGAGAUAACCAGUGUUCCCAUCUCCUCCGAGCUUAGAGUUGGAUGGGGAAUAAAGACAGGUAAACAGAUAGUUACAAUAUUGUACUGUGAAUGCUUAUGCUGGAGGAAGUACAGGGAACUAUUGGAGCACCUAAGAGGAGCACCUACCUUGAAUUUAGGGGUUAGCAGAGGCAUCCUGAAAAAAGUCAAGGCUAAGCCACAAUCUACAAGCAGUUUAGGAAUUAGCAGAACGCGCAGGGUGAGGAGAUGCCAAAGGCAAGAAGAGAAGAGUAUUCCAAACAGGAGGGAUCCCAAAGAGAGAAGAGUAUCACAAACAACAUUUUCACAAACAUGAUGGGGAGAGAGAAUGUGGGGUGGGGAUGGAUGAUGAGACUGAAGAAGAAAGCCAGGUCUAGAUAAUCAGUGGCCUUGUACACCAUGUUAAAGAGUGUAGACUUGAUUCUGUUGUAAACAGGAAAGCAGCACAAUUCAUAUGAAUAUUUUAGAAGACUCCCACUGGAAUAUGGAGAAUAAAGUUGGAGAUGACUAAUCCUGGAAGCAGGGAGAACAUUUUUGAGGAAGUUGCACUAUUUUGGUGAAAAUGAUGGUCAUAAACAUGAAGAGUUGUAGGUGAUCAUGACCUCCUCUCUAAUUUUCCCGAAGGGUUUUGAAAGAUAUAACAUAGGAACAUUGACAGGACUGAUGAAAGCAGAUGAAAUACACCAUAUAAAUUGUCAAACACAAGGCCAGAUGUCUAAUCAUUUUGCUUAUGUGUUGAAAUUACAAAUUUUUCAUCAAGCAAGAAACCAAAAAUUACAAAACUUAGUUUUCCCAAGUCCCAGAAUUCUAUCUAUCCAAACAAUCUGUACCACUCCACCUAUAUCCCUACCUUUGCAUGUCUGUCCAACCUCAAAGUCCAGGCCUAUACACACGGGUAAGACUAGAGCAGCUCAAGGUUCAGAAAAUGAGAAAGAGGAACUGAGUUGUGCUGAACCCACACAAAAUAAACACAUUCUUUGUAUAGAUUCUUGGAACCUCAAGAGGAGAGGAAUUCACCUAACUCAUAGGUAUUUGAUGGUAUGAAUCCAUGGCUGGGCUCAGCUUUUAAAAAGCCUUAUCUGGGAUUCCUUCUAUGGAACAAAGUUCCAUCAAAGCCCAUUUAAAAGCCUACAUUAAAAACAAAAUUCUUGCUGCAUUGUAUACAAAUAAUGAUGUUAUGAUCAAAUAAUCAGAUGCCAUUAUCAAGUGGAAUUACAAAAUGGUAUACCCACUCCAAAAAAAAAAAGCUACAUUCUCAGUAGAACGUUGUGACUUCAUGAGCCCUCCACAGCCUUGGAGCUGAGGAGGGAGCACUGGUGAGCAGUAGGUUGAAGAGAAAACUUGGCGCUUAAUAAUUUAUCCAUGUUUUUUCAUCUAAAAGAGCCUUGGUUUUGGAUUACCUUAUUCAAUUUCCAUCAAGGGCUGGUUUUCCUUUUCAGUUCCACUAACCAGACAGCAGCUGGGAAGGAAGAAGGUUUCUAUGUGUACAUAGUAGCUGUGGGAAGAAGGUUUCUUUCUCCAGGUCCUCACUGGCCAUACACCAGUCCCUUGUUAGUUAUGCCUGGUCAUAGACCCCGUUGCCGUCGUCUCAUAUUUAAGUCUUUGGCUUGUGAAUUUAUCUAUUCUUUCAGCUUUAGCACUGCAGAGUGCUGGGACUUUGCUAACUUCCAUUUCUUGCUGGCUUAGCACAUUCCUCAUUCCUCUUAGGCCCAGCUGUUUUCUCAUCUGGCCCUGCUGUGGAGUCACCUUGCCCUUCAGGAGAGCCAUGGCUUACCACUGCCUGCUAAGCCUCCACUCAGCUGCCACCACACUAAAUCCAAGCUUCUCUAAGAUGUCGCAGACUUUACGGGCAAGCAUGAAAGGCUUGAUUUUCCUGGACUUCCCUUUACUUGUCUGAAUCUCACCUCCUUCAAGUUUCAGUCUCAGAAUGUAGGCAUUUGUCCUCUUUGUCCUACUUCUUCCUUCUUCUGAAUCAUGAAAGCCUCUCACUUCCUCUUGCUGUGUGCUGGAGGCUUCUGUCAGGUCUUAGAAUGAGUUCUCAUCUAGUCCUAGUAGCUUUUGAUGCUUAAGUCCACCUUCUAAGGAUACCUUUGAGAUUUAGACCAUGUUUUUCGCUUGAGAAAGCCCUAAUCUCCAGACUUGCCUUUCUGUGGAUUUCAAAGACCAAUUGAGGAAGUCAAAAGCUGAAGGUUGACUUUCUUUGAACAUUUCCGCUAUAACAAUUCCAAUUCUCCUCAGAGCAAUAUGCCUGCCUCCAACUGACCAGGAGAAAGGUCCAGUGCCAAAGAGAAAAACACACAGAUUAAUUAUUUCAGUAAGCAUAUACUUUCAAAGUGCUUUGGGUAUUCAUAUGAGGUUUUCUGUCAAGAGGGUGAGACUCUUCAUCCAUCCAUGUGUGCCUGACAGUUCUCCUGGCACUGGCUGGUAACAGAUGCAAAACUGUAAAAAUUAGGUGAUCAUGGAUUUUAACGAUAUCAUCACAUACUUAUUUUCUAUGUAAUGUUUUAAAUUUCCCCUAACAUACUUUGACUGUUUUGCACAUGGUAGAUAUUCACAUUUUUUUCUGUUGAAGUUGAUGAAAUCUUCAAAAUUAUCUACCCCGUUGCUUGUUAGUAAAACUAGUGUUAAUACUUGGCAAGAGAUGCGGGGAAUCUUUCUCACGACUCACGCCCUAUUUAGUUAUUAAUGCUACUACCCUAUUUUGAGUAAGUAGUAGGUCACUAAGUACAUUGUCCAGAGUUAUACUUUUAAAGAUAUUUAGCCCCAUAUACUUCUUGAGUCUAAAGUCAUACACUUUGCUCCUCAUUUCUGAGUGGGAAAGACAUUUGAGAGUAUGUUGACAAUUGAUCUGAAGGUUUUUGCUGAGAAGGUGAAACUGUCCUUUCAUCUGUGUAUGCCUGGGGCUGGGUCCCUGGCAGUGAUGGGGUGACAAUGCAAAGCUGUAAAAACUAGGUGCUAGUGGGCACCUAAUAUCAUCAUCAUAUACUUAUUUUCAAGCUAAUAUGCAAAAUCCCAUCUCUGUUUUUAAACUAAGUGUAGAUUUCAGAGAAAAUAUUUUGUGGUUCACAUAAGAAAACAGUCUACUCAGCUUGACAAUUGUUUUAUGUUAAAUUGGCUGGUGGUUUGAAAUGAAUCAUCUUCACAUAAUGUUUUCUUUAAAAAUAUUGUGAAUUUAACUCUAAUUCUUGUUAUUCUGUGUGAUAAUAAAGAAUAAACUAAUUUCUA